AUGGCGAGGCGGCCUCUAUGGUGGGGUCUCCGGGGACCGUCGACCCCGAUACUACUGCUCCUUCUCCUCUCUUUGUUCCCUUUUAGCCGAGAGGAGCUGGGGGGCGGUGGGGACCAGGGCUGGGACCCAGGGGUAGCUACUGCUACUGGGCCAAGAGCGCAGACCGGCAGUGGAGCCGUAGCUCUUUGUCCCGACUCUCCCGGCGUCUGGGAGGAUGGAGAGUCUGGCCUGGGAGUCAGGGAACCUGUCUUCAUGAGGCUCCGAGUAGGUAGGCAAGGCUCCCGGAACGAACGAGGGACCUCUGAGCAACCAAACGCGGAGCUGGUGGUCCAGGCAUUGGGUAGUCGGGAGCAAGAGGCUGGUCAGGGUCCAGGAUAUCUGUUAUGUUGGCAUCCAGAUAUCUCCUCUUGUGGGCGGACAGGGCCUUUACGAAGAGGUAGCCUGCCGCUCGAGGCUCUGUCCCCAGGGAAUCCAGAUCUGGGGAACAUCCCUCCCCACCCUUCGGACCUUCUGGCUCAGCCUGAUGGCUCCAGGUCAGUGUCCUUCCAGCGUAAUGCUAGGAGAGCCUUUCGCAAGAGAGCGGAAACCUCUCGCUGCUGUGGGAAACUGUGGGCGCCAGGACGCAAGGGUCAGGGUGAGAGAUCCGCGAUUUCUCGAACGGAGAGGGGACCCCUUCGGCGGAACUGCCUCCCCGGCUCUCUGGGAUCUGACCUAGGGGAGAAUUCAGCACCACGUGCUGCAAGGACAGUUCCUACGCCAGAUUCAGAACCACGCGAACCCCGGACAGCUCCCGAGCCGGCUCCCGAGCGCAUGCGCUCCCGCGGUCCCUUCCGCCGCAGUUUCCUCUUUCAGCACCCUGGGCCGCGCCCUCCAGGAUUCCAAACUGGUUCUGAAGCCAAGCAAAUACCCUCCAAGAACCAGGGUCGGCCCCGGCGUGCCGCAAACCGCCACCCGCAGUUUCCUCAAUACAACUACCAGACACUGGUACCUGAAAAUGAGGCAGCGGGCACAGCCGUGCUGCGCGUCGAGGCGCAGGACCCGGACCCAGGCGAGGCGGGGCGCCUCGUCUACUCGCUGGCGGCGCUCAUGAACAGCCGCUCGCUGGAGCUUUUCAGCAUUGAUCCUCAGAGUGGCCUCAUCCGCACGGCGGCCGCUCUGGACCGUGAGAGUAUGGAACGCCACUACCUUCGAGUGACCGCACAGGACCACGGUUCACCGCGCCUCUCAGCCACCACCAUGGUGGCGGUGACAGUAGCUGACCGCAAUGAUCACGCGCCAGUGUUUGAGCAAGCCCAGUAUCGGGAAACACUUCGUGAGAAUGUGGAAGAAGGAUACCCCAUCCUGCAGUUGCGUGCUACAGACGGCGAUGCGCCACCUAAUGCCAACCUGCGCUACCGCUUCGUAGGGUCGCCAGCUGCACGCAAGGAGGCAGCCGCCGCCUUUGAGAUUGAUCCACGUUCGGGCCUUAUCAGCACCAGUGGCCGCGUGGACAGGGAACACAUGGAAAGCUACGAGCUGGUGGUAGAAGCUAGUGACCAGGGCCAGGAGCCAGGGCCACGUUCAGCCACCGUUCGAGUGCACAUAACUGUGCUGGAUGAGAAUGACAAUGCGCCUCAGUUCAGCGAGAAGCGCUAUGUGGCACAGGUGCGUGAAGACGUGCGCCCUCAUACAGUGGUGCUACGUGUUACGGCCACGGACCAGGACAAGGACGCCAAUGGUUUGGUGCACUAUAACAUCAUCAGCGGCAACAGCCGUGGCCAUUUUGCCAUCGACAGUCUCACGGGUGAGAUCCAGGUCGUGGCACCUCUGGACUUUGAGGCAGAGAGAGAGUACGCUUUGCGUAUCCGGGCACAAGAUGCAGGGAGGCCACCUUUGUCCAACAACACAGGCCUGGCAAGCAUCCAGGUGGUAGACAUCAACGACCAUACUCCUAUCUUUGUCAGCACACCCUUUCAGGUCUCUGUUCUGGAAAAUGCACCCCUGGGUCACUCAGUCAUUCACAUUCAGGCAGUGGAUGCCGACCACGGGGAGAACUCCAGGUUGGAGUAUUCUCUAACUGGUGUGGCACCAGACACACCCUUUGUGAUAAACAGUGCCACUGGCUGGGUCUCUGUGAGUGGUCCCCUGGAUCGUGAGUCUGUGGAACAUUACUUCUUUGGCGUAGAAGCGCGAGACCAUGGGUCACCCCCACUCUCUGCUUCAGCCAGUGUCACAGUAACUGUGUUGGAUGUCAAUGACAAUCGGCCAGAGUUCACCAUGAAAGAGUACCAUCUUCGGCUCAAUGAGGAUGCAGCUGUGGGCACCAGUGUGGUCAGUGUGACUGCAGUGGACCGAGAUGCCAACAGUGCCAUCAGCUACCAAAUCACAGGUGGCAACACUCGGAACCGUUUUGCCAUCAGCACCCAAGGUGGUGUGGGCUUGGUGACACUGGCUCUGCCCCUGGAUUACAAGCAGGAGCGCUAUUUCAAGCUGGUGCUUACCGCAUCUGACCGUGCCCUUCAUGAUCACUGUUAUGUGCAUAUCAACAUCACAGAUGCCAACACACAUAGGCCUGUCUUUCAAAGCGCUCAUUACUCCGUGAGCAUGAAUGAAGAUCGGCCAGUGGGUAGCACUGUGGUGGUCAUCAGUGCUUCUGAUGAUGAUGUGGGUGAAAAUGCUCGCAUCACUUAUCUUUUGGAAGACAACCUGCCCCAGUUCCGCAUUGAUGCAGACUCAGGGGCCAUUACACUACAAGCUCCACUGGACUACGAGGACCAAGUGACAUACACACUGGCCAUUACUGCUCGGGACAAUGGCAUCCCACAGAAAGCAGAUACCACAUAUGUGGAGGUAAUGGUCAACGAUGUGAAUGACAACGCUCCUCAGUUUGUGGCCUCCCACUAUACAGGCUUGGUCUCUGAGGAUGCUCCACCCUUCACUAGCGUUCUGCAGAUCUCAGCCACUGACCGGGAUGCUCAUGCCAAUGGCCGGGUCCAAUAUACUUUCCAGAAUGGGGAAGAUGGAGAUGGAGAUUUUACCAUUGAGCCCACCUCUGGCAUUAUCAGGACUGUGAGGCGGCUGGACCGGGAAGCGGUGCCAGUGUAUGAGCUGACUGCUUAUGCUGUGGACCGUGGUGUUCCCCCACUUCGGACUCCAGUCAGCAUCCAGGUGACCGUACAAGAUGUGAAUGACAAUGCCCCUGUCUUCCCGGCAGAAGAGUUUGAAGUGAGGGUGAAGGAGAACAGUAUUGUAGGCUCAGUGGUGGCUCAGAUCACUGCGGUGGACCCCGAUGAAGGCCCCAAUGCCCACAUCAUGUACCAGAUUGUGGAAGGGAACAUCCCCGAGCUGUUCCAAAUGGACAUCUUCUCUGGAGAACUGACAGCACUCAUAGACCUGGAUUAUGAGGCUCGCCAGGAGUACGUGAUUGUGGUGCAGGCCACAUCUGCUCCUCUGGUCAGCCGGGCCACUGUCCAUGUGCGCCUGGUUGACCAGAAUGACAAUAGUCCUGUGCUCAACAACUUCCAGAUCCUCUUCAACAACUAUGUAUCCAACCGUUCUGACACUUUCCCCUCAGGCAUCAUUGGGCGCAUCCCAGCUUAUGACCCGGAUGUCUCUGACCACCUCUUUUACUCCUUUGAGAGGGGCAAUGAGCUGCAGCUGCUGGUGGUCAACCAGACCAGCGGGGAGCUUCGACUCAGCCGGAAGUUAGACAACAACCGCCCACUAGUGGCCUCCAUGCUGGUAACUGUAACAGAUGGCCUGCAUAGUGUUACAGCACAGUGUGUGCUGCGUGUGGUCAUCAUCACGGAGGAGUUGCUGGCCAACAGCUUGACUGUGCGCCUGGAGAACAUGUGGCAAGAGCGCUUCCUAUCACCGCUGCUGGGCCAUUUUCUUGAAGGCGUGGCUGCAGUGCUCGCAACCCCUACCGAGGAUGUUUUCAUCUUCAACAUCCAGAACGACACGGACGUGGGGGGCACCGUGCUUAACGUGAGCUUCUCGGCGCUGGCCCCUCGUGGGGCUGGGGCAGGCACUGCAGGGCCCUGGUUCAGCUCCGAGGAGCUGCAGGAGCAACUGUACGUGCGCCGCGCCGCCUUGGCUGCCCGCUCGCUGCUCGAUGUGCUGCCCUUUGAUGACAACGUGUGCUUGCGCGAGCCCUGUGAGAACUACAUGAAAUGCGUGUCAGUGCUCCGCUUUGACUCCUCCGCGCCCUUCCUGGCCUCGGCCUCCACGCUCUUCCGACCCAUCCAGCCCAUCGCCGGCCUGCGCUGCCGCUGCCCGCCUGGCUUCACGGGAGACUUCUGCGAGACUGAGCUCGACCUCUGCUACUCGAACCCGUGUCGCAAUGGCGGCGCGUGUGCGCGGCGCGAGGGAGGUUACACCUGUGUGUGCCGCCCGCGCUUCACCGGCGAAGACUGCGAGCUGGACACUGAAGCUGGCCGCUGCGUGCCAGGCGUCUGUCGCAACGGGGGCACCUGCACCAACGCGCCCAAUGGCGGCUUUCGCUGCCAGUGCCCCGCGGGCGGCGCUUUCGAGGGCCCGCGCUGUGAGGUGGCCGCACGCUCCUUCCCUCCCAGUUCGUUCGUCAUGUUCCGCGGCCUGCGGCAGCGCUUCCACCUCACGCUGUCCCUCUCGUUUGCAACAGUGCAGCCCAGCGGGCUACUCUUCUACAACGGACGCCUAAAUGAGAAGCAUGACUUUCUGGCUCUAGAACUUGUGGCUGGCCAAGUGCGGCUUACAUAUUCCACGGGUGAAUCCAAUACAGUGGUGAGCCCCACAGUCCCAGGAGGCCUGAGUGAUGGACAGUGGCAUACCGUGCAUCUGAGAUACUACAACAAGCCCCGGACAGAUGCCCUAGGGGGUGCUCAGGGCCCUUCGAAGGACAAGGUGGCUGUGUUGAGUGUGGAUGACUGCAAUGUGGCUGUGGCUCUGCAGUUUGGUGCUGAGAUUGGCAACUACGCAUGUGCAGCUGCUGGUGUGCAAACAAGCUCCAAGAAGUCCCUGGACCUGACGGGCCCUCUGCUCUUGGGGGGUGUCCCCAACCUUCCCGAGAACUUCCCCGUGUCCCACAAGGACUUCAUUGGCUGCAUGCGAGACUUACACAUUGAUGGCCGCCGAAUUGACAUGGCAGCCUUCGUUGCAAACAAUGGCACUAUGGCAGGCUGUCAGGCCAAGUUGCACUUCUGUGCCUCAGGCCCCUGCAAGAACAGUGGCUUCUGCUCAGAGCGCUGGGGUGGCUUCAGCUGUGACUGUCCUGUGGGCUUUGGUGGCAAAGACUGUCGCCUCACAAUGGCCCAUCCCUACCGUUUCCAUGGCAACGGCACACUGCGUUGGGACUUUGGAAAAGACAUGACUGUGUCCGUGCCAUGGUACCUGGGACUAGCAUUUCGAACACGGGCAACAAAAGGGGUCUUGAUGCAAGUACAGCUUGGGCCACAUAGCGUGCUCCUCUGCCAGCUGGAUCAGGGGUUGCUGUCUGUGACACUAAGUAGGGCCUCAGGCCAUGCCGUCCACCUCCUAUUGGACCAUACGACAGUCAGUGACGGCCGGUGGCAUGAUCUUCGGCUGGAGUUGCAGGAGGAGCCAGGUGGCCGAAGGGGCCAUCAUAUCUUUAUGAUUUCACUGGACUUCAACCUCUUCCAGGACACCAUGGCUGUGGGGGGUGAGCUGCAGGGCCUGAAAGUAAAGCAGCUCCAUGUGGGAGGCCUGCCCCCCAGCAGUAAGGAGGAGGGUCCACAGGGUCUGGUUGGCUGUAUCCAGGGGGUCUGGAUUGGCUUUACACCCUUUGGGUCCUCAGCCCUGCCACCUCCCAGCCACAGAGUAAAUGUGGAACCUGGCUGUGUUGUGACCAACGCCUGUGCAUCUGGGCCCUGUCCACCCCAUGCUAACUGCAAAGACCUCUGGCAGACCUUCUCCUGCACCUGCUGGCCAGGUUACUAUGGCCCAGGUUGUGUGGAUGCCUGCCUCUUGAACCCUUGUCAAAACCAGGGAUCAUGCCGCCACCUUCAAGGAACCCCCCACGGCUAUAUCUGUGACUGUCCAAAUGGCUAUUUUGGUCAGCACUGUGAACACAGGAUGGACCAGCAAUGCCCUCGGGGCUGGUGGGGAAGCCCAACGUGUGGACCCUGCAGCUGUGAUGUUCACAAGGGCUUUGACCCGAACUGCAACAAGACAAAUGGGCAGUGCCACUGCAAGGAGUUUUACUACCGACCGAGGGGCAGUGACUCAUGCCUGCCUUGUGACUGCUACCCUGUGGGCUCCACCUCGCGCUCAUGUGCACCCCACAGUGGGCAGUGCCCCUGCCGCCCAGGAGCCCUUGGCCGGCAAUGUAACAGCUGUGACAGCCCCUUUGCGGAGGUGACAGCCAGUGGCUGCCGAGUACUCUAUGAUGCCUGCCCCAAGUCCCUGAGAUCUGGUGUGUGGUGGCCCCAGACUAAGUUUGGUGUUUUGGCCACAGUACCCUGUCCCCGGGGGGCCUUGGGAUUGCGGGGUACAGGUGCUGCGGUGCGGCUGUGUGAUGAGGACCAGGGUUGGCUGGAGCCAGACCUCUUCAACUGCACCUCGCCUGCCUUCCGGGAACUCAGUCUGCUGCUGGAUGGCCUGGAGCUGAACAAGACAGCACUGGAUACCGUGGAGGCCAAGAAGCUGGCUCAGCGGCUGCGGGAGGUGACCGGCCAGACCGACCACUACUUUAGCCAAGAUGUCCGAGUUACUGCCCGCUUGCUGGCCUACCUGCUGGCUUUUGAGAGCCAUCAGCAGGGCUUUGGGCUGACAGCCACUCAAGAUGCCCACUUCAAUGAGAAUCUGCUGUGGACCGGUUCUGCACUGCUUGCUCCAGAGACAGGAGACUUGUGGGCAGCUCUGGGGCAGCGAGCCCCUGGGGGCUCCCCAGGAAGCGCAGGGCUAGUGCGGCAUCUGGAGGAAUAUGCAGCCACACUUGCGAGGAAUAUGGAGCUGACAUACCUGAACCCUGUUGGACUAGUCACACCCAAUAUCAUGCUCAGCAUUGACCGCAUGGAGCAUCCUAGUUCAGCUCAAGGAGCCCGUCGUUACCCCCGCUACCAUAGCAACCUUUUCCGGGGCCAGGAUGCCUGGGAUCCCCAUACACAUGUGCUGUUGCCUUCCCAGUCCCCACAGCCAUCCCCAUCUGAAGCUCUGCCCACAAGCAGCAACAUAGAAAACACCACAGCCUCAAGUGUGGUCUCCCCAACAGCCCCCCCAGAGCCUGAGCCUGGGAUCUCCAUUGUCAUUCUCCUUGUGUACCGCACCUUGGGAGGGCUUCUUCCUGCGCAGUUCCAGGCUGAGCGCAGGGGCGCCAGGCUCCCCCAGAACCCUGUUAUGAACUCCCCGGUGGUCAGCGUGGCUGUUUUCCAUGGACGCAACUUCCUAAGUGGUGUUCUGGUGUCCCCAAUCAACCUUGAGUUCCGCCUACUACAGACAGCGAAUCGGAGCAAGGCGAUCUGUGUGCAGUGGGACCCACCUGGCCCGGCAGACCAGCAUGGGAUGUGGACGGCAAGGGACUGUGAGCUGGUACACAGGAAUGGAUCCCAUGCACGGUGUCGCUGUAGCCGCACAGGCACUUUUGGAGUCCUUAUGGAUGCCUCUCCCCGUGAGCGGCUAGAGGGGGACCUAGAGCUGCUGGCGGUGUUCACGCACGUGGUCGUGGCUGUGUCUGUGACUGCACUAGUCCUGACCGCAGCUGUCCUGCUGAGCCUGCGCAGCCUCAAGUCCAAUGUGCGUGGGAUCCAUGCCAACGUGGCAGCUGCCCUGGGAGUAGCAGAGCUCCUCUUUCUGCUGGGAAUCCACAGGACCCACAACCAGCUGUUGUGCACCGCGGUCGCCAUCCUCCUGCACUACUUCUUCCUCAGCACCUUCGCGUGGCUCCUGGUGCAGGGCCUACACCUUUAUCGGAUGCAGGUUGAGCCUCGGAAUGUGGAUCGUGGUGCUAUGCGCUUCUACCAUGCUUUGGGAUGGGGCGUCCCUGCCGUGUUGUUAGGCCUGGCUGUUGGACUAGACCCAGAGGGCUAUGGGAACUCUGACUUCUGCUGGAUCUCCAUCCAUGAACCUCUUAUCUGGAGUUUCGCUGGCCCUAUCGUCCUUGUCAUUGUGAUGAAUGGGACCAUGUUUCUCCUCGCUGCCCGCACAUCCUGCUCCACAGGGCAGAGGGAGGCCAAGAAGACCUCUGUGCUCAGGACCCUGCGCAGCUCCUUCCUGCUCCUCCUGCUGGUCAGUGCCUCCUGGCUCUUUGGCCUCCUGGCAGUCAACCACAGCGUACUGGCCUUUCACUACCUCCAUGCUGGACUCUGUGGCCUUCAGGGCUUGGCUGUCCUGCUGCUCUUCUGUGUCCUGAAUGCCGAUGCUCGGGCUGCUUGGACCCCGGCCUGUCUAGGCAAGAAGGCAGCUCCUGAGGAGACAAGGCCAGCACCCGGGACGGGGUCUGGAGUCUAUAACAACACCGCCCUCUUUGAGGAGAGUGGCCUUAUCCGCAUCACUCUUGGUGCCUCCACCGUCUCUUCCGUGAGCAGUGCCCGUUCCGGCAGGGCCCAGGACCAGGACAGCCAACGGGGCCGCAGCUACCUCAGGGACAAUGUUCUGGUUCGACAUGGCUCAACCGCUGACCACAUUGAGCACAGCCUCCAGGCUCACACUGGCCCCACUGACCUGGAUGUGGCUAUGUUCCAUCGAGAUGCUGGUGCGGACUCUGACUCUGACAGUGACCUGUCCUUGGAGGAGGAGAGGAGUCUCUCCAUCCCCUCUUCAGAAAGUGAGGACAAUGGCCGGACGCGAGGGCGUUUCCAACGUCCACUCCGCAGGGCAGCCCAGAGUGAGAGGCUCCUUGCCCACCCCAAAGAUAUGGACGGCAAUGACCUCCUGUCCUACUGGCCAGCCCUGGGAGAGUGUGAGGCAGCAGCACCGUGCGUUCUGCAGGCCUGGGGCUCUGAGAGGCGCCUUGGACUAGACACCAACAAAGAUGCGGCCAAUAACAACCAGCCAGAUCUGGCCUUGACUAGUGGAGAUGAAACCUCCCUGGGCCGGGCCCAGCGGCAGAGGAAAGGUAUCCUAAAGAAUAGGUUGCAGUACCCAUUGGUGCCCAAGACUCGAGGCACUCCUGAGCUGUCCUGGUGCCGUGCAGCUACCUUGGGCCACCGGGCUGUGCCAGCUGCCUCCUAUGGUCGCAUCUAUGCAGGCGGGGGCACAGGUAGUCUUUCACAGCCAGCCAGCCGCUACUCUUCCCGAGAGCAGCUGGACUUGCUGCUAAGGCGGCAGUUGAGCCGGGAGAGACUAGAGGAAGUUCCAGUUCCCGCCCCUGUUUUGCGUCCCCUGAGCCGACCAGGCUCCCAGGAACACCUGGAUGUUGCGCCAAGCCGCCUAGAGCCCAGAAAUCGGGUCAGCACCCUACCACGGAGGCAGCCACCCCGGGACUACCCUGGAACUAUGGCUGGACGCUUUGGGUCACGGGAUCCACUGGACUUAGGGGCACCCCGAGAAUGGUUGAACACACUGCCCCCACCCCGCCGCAACCGGGACCUUGACCCACAGCACCCACCUCUGCCCCUGACUCCACAGCGGCAACUCUCAAGGGACCCCCUCUUGCCAUCUCGGCCCCUGGACUCUCUGUCUAGGAUCUCGAACUCUCCGGAGCAGCUGGACCAGGUGCCUAGUCGGCAUCCCUCACGAGAGGCCCUUGGACCAGCCCCACAGCUUCUCAGAGUCAGGGAGGACCCAGCCAGUGGCCCUAGCCAUGGCCCCUCCACGGAGCAACUCGACAUCCUCUCCUCUAUCCUUGCCUCCUUCAACUCCUCAGCCCUGUCUUCCGUGCAGUCCUCAAGCACGCCCUCGGGCCCUCACACCACUGCCACGCCUUCUGCCACAGCCUCUGCACUUGGGCCUUCCACACCUCGCUCAGCCACAUCCCACAGCAUCUCGGAGUUGUCACCAGAUUCAGAAAUUCCCAGAAGCGAAGGUCACUCCUGAGGGGCUGCCAGCAGGUGAGGAGCCACCACGGGCAGCAGAGGAUUUGGGCCGAUGGAAGAAACGUCGUGACUGAUCCCAAGGCAGCCCUCUUGAGGCCCUCCUCAGUGCAGUGUGACAGUCCCAUGCGUCUGUGAGCAUGAGUGUGACUGGUGCGGGUGGGGGCUGGAGGGAGGACUUUUAUACAUUUUGUAACUUUGUAACCAGAGAGAUAUGCUUAUGUUAUUUUUCAGCUCUUCUGUGUCCCAGGGGUCCGAGACUGGGCUGGGAGGGGAUGGGGGAGAGAUGCCGUUGGCCUCAUCCGGGUCCUUUUCUUUCAUCUUACGGGUGGGGUGGACAAGUGGGACACUUCCCCUGCCUCUUCCCCACAUUGAUCUGAACAGUGUUGGGGUACAGAGUGCAAAUUGAUCUUUGCAUUUUCUCCAGUGCCCCACAGGCCAAACUCCAGUGUGUGGGGGUUGGUCUUGCAGACAGGAGUCCUCCCACUCCCUCCUGAGGGCUUACUGCCCUUACUCCGCUAAGUGGAUGUGUAUUUCUUGGAGUCCCUGCCACUUACUGCCUUAAGACCCAGGACUGAUGCUGUGGGCGCUGGGAGAGCAGCAGACGUCAUGUUUACAGAUCAAGGCUUCCCUUCCUCCCUUGGGGAGGGACUUGGGCCUCUAAUCAGACAUUCCUACCAGGGUGUGAGUAGAGGGGACACUCCUUUGUCUCUGCUUCUUCCCCUGCUUAAGCAACUCUAGUCUGUGGUGCCAUUGUUCACUACACUGCCCCCUGGAGGGAUGAGUGGGAGGGUGAACAAAGGAGCAGAAACAAGGGAAUCCAAGACCCAGAAUGUAGGUGCCUCGGCCUCCCACUGUUUGCAGGAUCCUCCCUGGCACCAGGCUGUAGCAAUGACUGCCCCACUGUCUGUUAUUCCCUUAUAGAGGGAAAAAUGACUGUUAGGAUCCUGUUCACAAACCUCUUUUGUUAUUUGUCUGAUGUCCAUAACUGGGGAUUUUAAAUUUUUGUUACUUUGUUUACAGGUCAAGAUUAUUUUUUUUAAGUGUUGGUUUUUAUUUACUGUCUACAAUGUAAAACAGUGAACUUCCACACUUUGUUUACAGUUGAGAAUGGUUUCCCAUUUGUUUACAAGUGAAAGGUAGGAGAAGUGGGAGAGGGGCUUAGAAGACCCACCUGUGAUAUCCCUGGAAUUG